AUGCCGCAAAGGUCUCUGGGUAUGCAGAGGGAGCCAUAUUUUUCCAAUAUCAGUUACGCGAAAACAGCGCACGUAUAGUAAUCGCAGGAUGGGAUUUUUAUCGGUUCUUGGCAGCGAUAGUCGGUAGAACGCGUGUAACAGCUCGGGCCUUGGUGGCCUUGAUGCUUUUAAAGGUGUUGUGAAUUAAUAAUUGAGAACGUCGUGUGUGUUGUCAGAGGAAUUGGUGUAUCAGACGAUCAAGAAACAAAGUGUGGUUAAUAUUAUAAUAUAAAGGAAAAAAAAAUUGAAGCGCUGUUGGCCCGCGCAGGUGUUCAGAGAGUACGAGAGAGGGUUAGUUAACUUAACCCAAGAUCGGGACUCGUCGACUACAACUAUAGUGGUGGUGUGGUAAGUGGAGAGAUGGUGUUGUAGUGGCAAUGGAGAUGGUAGUGUCGGUGCUGCUGGUGUGACGAUGACACAGACGUCAUAACACGACAUUCGUCCGUUCGUGUUGCGUUUUAACGUUUCAUCUCGCGGACGUGUGUUUCGUCCUUAAUCAAAUUAAAAAUAUUAAUUAUAUCUAUACAUUGUGACCUUCAUAACUUACAAAAUUUACCUCUAUUUAAAUUCAUGUGUACACUACUUGGAUUAUGUGCAAAAAUUUUCAAUUUGAAAUAAAAAAAGAAUUAUUAGUGAUGAGUGUCGUGUAUUUUCAAUUCUUAAAUAACACACCGGUGUUUGUAUUUCUACAGUUGCGUCCUUGAGUGAGCAUCAAAAUCGAUUUUACUCGCGUCGUAGUUGGUUUAUUUACUACGUGUUUCGAAUUAGCUCGAGAAAGUGAUUUUAUUAGAGAUAAGAAAAGAAAAACAGUCGUGUUUUGGUGACAAUCUCAAAAGUGUACUGGUGAACUAAGUGAAGAGAGUGGUGUGAACUGUAAUAAUAAGUGCAAUAUUACAUUUCGGAUUAAACACUCGCGUGUGUAAUGUCAACGGGAUUCGCUCAACACGAUUCAGUUCGUACAUAUGCAUCCAAUGCACGGUACAAGCUGUUACGCCAUAGAGGAUGCCGCAGGGGCUAGUGGAGUAUUGGAGGCGUGCGCUGUAUGUUCCAGUGAUGUCGGUGGCGCGGCACUUUUCACUGCUGGACCUGGACCAUGGCCGGCAAGCCUGAGCAGCCCAUCUCUCACCCUGCUCCCCAAAAUCACGUUCAUCAGCAACAUUAUCAACAGCAUCACUCUUUACAUAUACAAACACAUCAUCAUCACCAUCAUCAUAAUCAAAUUAAUCGUCGAAAUCAUCAACAGGAACAUCAGCAAAUAUCUCAACACGAGCCUCAAAGUAUCCAACACAAUAGCGUGUUGGUCUAUGUUCCUGGCGAGAACUUUGCUUAUACAACAGCCGUAGGGCAUAAUGCUGAAACAUCGACAAGUUAUCAAUCGGGUCAGCAGCAGCAACAAAAUCCUUACCAAGAUGUGCUACCUCAGGUGGCCACACAACCAACAUUUCCAACCAAGAUUAAUUUUAUCAACAACAGUGAAUUAGAUAAUGAAGUUAAUCCUAAUACUGAUUACUGUCUUGGAAAAACUUUAGAGCUGGUCUCUUGCGAUGUUGUUGUUAAUCAACAGCAACAUCAAUCAACAAAAGAGGAGGAAGAAUUUAAUACUAAUUAUCAAAGCUCUUUGGUGAGUUUGACGAAUGGGAGAGUAGUACCCUCUCCCAAUUCCGUGGAAAAAAUAGAUUUAGGCACUUUGGGAAAUAUUUCUAGCGGUCUUGGAGGUUUAAGAAGUCCAACACAUAGUGAUGCUGAUAGUCUUAGUGGCACCAGUGAUUCAGGGGUAGCUACAACAUCAGUAAUAUCAAGACCUGCAUUGUCUAAUAAUGCUGUAAUAGUUGGUGAGCAAGAUCCAAAAACUUUUUCAACUCAUUACGAAGUCACGUGCAAUUCUGGCUAUUCAACUUCUCGCUUAUCAGAAACUUAUCAAAACACUGGAACAGGAGGGGCAGGAAAUGAAACUGAUUGUAUUAAUACCGGUAAUCUUGAUGAAAAUAGAAUCACUUAUGUUAGUCAAAACGUAGGCAGUCAACUGUCUACUAAUGUAUUCCUUGGUGGAACUCAAGAGUUAAUUGAUCCACAAAAGCAAAGAGAUAUUUGUAAGGAAAUUCGGGUGAAUAAUCAAGAUUCAUUGGAUCUAAAUAGUCGAACUGAACAUAGUGUCAUUACUACAGAUCCUGGGUGCGAAUCGGUACGUUCAGAUACUGCGGAAUCUGCUUAUUCUAGCAGCCUUAGUAGCCCUGAGUGUCAAAAUUUACAAUCUAACGAAUCAGUGAACAAUAAUAGUGUCUGUGCGCAGCCGUCUGCGUGCUUGGUGCCUCAAGUUAGCGCGCAACACAGCAACAAUGUUGCGCUGACUAUGAACGGUAGUGUGGUGACGCAGAAUCAACAAAAGCAACAGCAACAGGCGUCCAUUGCUGCACCUCGCGGAUGGAAGAGGAUAUGCACCGACCGGGUCAUCAUAUAUAUCAGUCCAAGCAGCACGGCGCUGAGGUCGCUCGAUCAGCUCAAGGAGUACCUGACAACCGCGGGCACUUGCAAGUGUGGACUAGAGUGCCCGCUUAGGCCUGAACAAGUCUUCAGUUUCGAUCCCAAGGUAGCGACACGACCUUGGAGUCCAGAUCAAGGAAAGACGCGGGAGAUGACCAAGCUUUGCAACCAUAAGAGGAAACUUUUGUUGCCUGUGGCUGCAGCAAGUCCAAUUGCCUCGUGUACACCAGUUGUCUCUUCUUCCACUUUACCUGUACAAGGACCUCCCGGAAUCCUUGCGAGUGCUGAUUCGCCAACUUCAUCUGACAAGUCAAAAAAAGAUGGCCUGAAUAAAAAGAAAAAAAGGAAGCUUGGAAGCGUGGGAAAUCUUUACUCAGGAGUGUCAGUGUCUCAACUUAUUGCGCAAAGAGAACGAGCUAUUGCUGUGGCAGGCGCCACGGGAGUUCAGGCAUUGCCGUCUUCCAACGGCUCUCAGGUUUGGCCAAUGACUGCUCUGCCAAUUCAGCAAAAUAAUCAACAAAUCGGUCAUCAAUUACUCAAUUCCCCUUCACAAAAUCUUGACUCUAACGCUUGUGUCGUGCGAAAUCCACAACAAAGGCUGAAUCCUCACAAUAUGACGAGCAUGUUGAUGGGUAAUCCGUUGAUCAUGAAUCAACAGGGUACAAACUUUAACAAUAUGAGUCAACAACAGCAACAGUUGAUAUUACAACAACAACAACAACAACAGCAGCAGCAGCAGCAGCAGCAACAACAACAACAACAACAACAACAACAACAACAACAACAACAACAGCAGCAGCAACAACAACAACAACAACAACAACAACAACAGCAACAACAACAGCAGCAGCAACAACAACAACAACAACAACAACAAUUAAUGCAGCAACACAUGACUCAACAUCAUCAAAAUGUCAUAACUAAUCAAUUAUCUCAUCAACAAUCACCUCAUUAUAUAAAUCAAAUGAAUGAUCAGUCAGUUCAUGCGAUGCAACAGCAGCAUAUGAAUCAACAACAGAUGCAUAUUCAACAAAUGCAACAAAAGCAUCAACACCAGCAAGAAAAUCAACAAGUUAAUUUUAACCAUCAUGUCAAUGAUAAUUUUCUACAUCAUUUACAGGCUAAUCAGAAUUCUUCACAAAAUCAAAUUCAUGCUCAAAUGCAUCAAAUGCAUCAGCACUCGAUGCAAUAUCAACAACAAUCAAACCAACAUAUGAUGCAAAAUCAAACGCACGAUCAAUUUCAUAUGCUCCAGCAUCAACAGCAACAGCAGAUGUCUCAGGUUUGCCAGCCAAUGCAAUUUAAUCAUCAAACAAUGAGCCACCAUCUAGGUGAUAUAUCUCAACCGACAAAUAAUGGCUCUUUGAUGUCCGGAAUCAAUGCGACUGAUGGUCAAGUGAGACACAAUCGAAUUCCUUCCAUGGAUGAAGACAUGAACGCAAAGCAAAUGUCGCAACAACACCAACAGCAACUAAUGAUGCAUAAUCACAACAUGCAAAGGCAUCAUGUACAGAAUGGAAGUAUGCAGAACCUUAGUCAUGAAAAUAUGCAACGAAUGUAUGUUCAACACCAAGUAUCGCAAUUCCAACAAAGAAGUUGUGACCCUAAGACAUCGAAUAUGGAGUUAAAAUCAGGACAUCAGCAGUACAUGUUGGUUAGUCAAGCAGGAAGGAGUCCAACUAGUGGAAAUACUGUUGAUACUCAAGCCAUCAACGGAAAUGGACAGAAUGGACAGACUAACAAUCAUCAUUUCAACCAAAGGACACAAAUGUGGCAACAAAAUCGAACUAUUACUCCAUCGCAUCAAUCUCCGUCAUCAGUAUCAGUUCAAAAUAUCACAUGUAAUAGCCUAGAUCGUGUUCCACCUCUACAUCAUCAUAUUCCCCCAACUACUCCCUGGACGGAUGAAAUAGCAAGAAAGAAAGCAAAACCGAGUAAAUCUUCAGGCAAGAAACAAAGACAUCAACAUAUGGAGAUGAGAAAUAAUCUUGAACAAUCUAGUCCAAGUCCGGAUGAUGAUUUUAAUGAUAAAUCACAAACUAAUAAUCAAAUUGGCUCUACCGUAAAUAAUUCUCCCAGUUUUCUGGAUGAUCCUAGUGGGUAUUUAGCCCAACAAACGGCUUUAUUAAAUAGUACAAUAUCGAGACAAACAGGUGUCAGUUCGUCGCAAAUGAUGGUAAAUACAUCUAAGAUACAAGGAAAUCAUGGAAAUAAUUAUCUUCCUCAACAAAAGCCUUCCUCAGCAACAAGUCCAUCAAAUUCGAUGUGUAAUUCUGUCAAAAAUCAUGCAACAUCACCAGUAGUUGUGCAUAGCAGUAUGACACCAACGUCUCUAAAUAACAAUACUAAUGAUUCAGAUAAUAGUUCUUGCCAAGGCUGUGUUACGAGUGCUGAUACUCAAUCUUAUAUCACCGAACAAUAUAAACAACAAAUGCAUAGACAAUAUAUCAUGCAUUCUGAUCAAAGAGAUGAUCCAGUUACAUCAUCGACAUUUGGAGAAAGAUUUACGAAUCAACAAAUGGAAUCUUGGCCAAUUCAAGGUGGAACAAUAAGCACAAGUCAUGGAUCUCCAAUUGGUACCAACAGCCCAGCCAAUUCUGACAUUCCACCUUCAUCAAUAUCUCAACCAGCAACUCCACAAAGUCUUAUUUCAUCUCAACCAUCGACGCCGCACAGUUAUUCCCAACCUCCCACGCCUCAUUCUCAUUCCGGGCAAAUUCCACCACCUCCAUUGACUCCAGUUAAUGGCCAGCAACCAUCACAAUCUACUAUUUCUAACAACAUUAUAACUCAGGAUCAAUUAUCAGGUCUCUGUUCUAUUUCAUCAGCAUCGAGUUCUGUAUCUCCAAGCUCUUCUCCAUCACAAAUUGCUAUCUCUUGUAUUUCUGGUCCAACAGAGAAUGCUUCUGUCGUUUUAUCGAAUGGAAAACAAAAACAAUCUACUCUGGAAGGUUAUCAGCCUCAUCCACACACGCUCAAUCCAAUUCAACGAAUUACAAUCAUCCCAUAUUCUGGUAAUGCGGCUGUCAUCACUACGAUGGCAAGUGGACACACAUUUAGUUCCAAUACUAUAACAUCUGUGCUUGCUGGAAAAGCCAAUACUGCUACAGUAUCGAUAAAUACACCGUCAGGAAUUCCUAAUCCAGCUAUUCCAAAUAUUUUAGCCAAUAAAGCACAACAUUCUUUACAGCAAGCAACAGCUUCAACAAAUGUUGUUGUAUCAUCUUCAACAGUACACCAAUCUUCUGUACCUUCAGCUUCUUCAACUCAAUCACAAAGUACAGCAGUAUCAAAAUCUCCACUAGAAAUGGUACAAAGCGUGGUUUCAAGUAUUCAAGUACCUCAAGCAAGUACUGGAUCGACAAUUCAACAGCAGACUCACCAACAGGAUCAACAAUCUAAUGUACACGUUCAAAAUGUUUUGGCAUCUGGAAGUGUAUUGAAGCAGUCAAGUGGUUCUACUCUUCCUCCUGGCCAUAUUCUUGUUUCUAGUGGUGGACAAUUAAUUAUGGCCAGUACAGGAUCAGGAAUAAGUGGCGUUAUGGCUCCACCACCACCUAAAAUUAUUUCAAAUGCCAGUUCCAUGCCACCUUUAUCGGUGUCUCCAAUGGUAACGAGUGUCACUGGUACCGUAAGCCAAGUGAUUCCAGCUGUUGGAGUUGCGCAACAGGUUAUUGGACAACCAACAGUCCUAGUUAAUACUAUUCAAACUCCUGUACUUAUUCAACCUAGUGUUAUGACAAUGGAUGGUAUUGGACAAAACGUUCAAAUACCACAUCUUACUGUUGCUGCUGGAAAUGUUUUACAGAAUGCUCAGUCUAUUAUUGAAGCUAAUCAAGAUGUCACAAGAACUGUUACCACUAAUCAAAGUAUUGUCAACAGACAGCCAACUUUAUUGUCUCCAGAGUCUGCAAUUAGUAAGAAGAAAGUUUACAAAAAACGUAAAAGCAAUUCUCAAACUGUUGCUUCGAUGCUUCACAUUGCUUCCUCACAACAAAAUACUGGUAUGCUGAUGCAGUCACAGUCAAAUUUCGCUCAGCAGAAUUUCCAGGCUCAAAGUAUUGGUGGUCCAAUGCUUCAAGCACUAACAAUUGUACCUGGAAAAGGUGGAGCACCAGCACAAUUAGUAAUGAAUGGCCAAACUGGUGCUACAUCAGCACAAUUUAACACUCAACAAAUUAUUACGAAUCCUCAACCUGCUCAGCAAAUUAAUCUACUACAACCGGUUAAUUUGCUAAAUGGUGCUACAGGAAUGGUACAAAAUUUCCCAACGAUUCAACAGUUUAUCGUUCCAGGACUAGGAAGCAUGGUAAUGUCUGCAGAUGGUACUGCUACAUUGCUUCAAGAUACGGGUAAUCUUGGAAUGCAACUUCAAAUCCAAAAUGUCAAUGGCCAGAAUGUUCUUACACCUAUCCAAAGUCACAGCGGAAUCUUCAGUCCAAGUCAAAGUAUCCUUGCUGCAGGUCCAGCAGGAAUGGUCAUAAGAGCACCACAAGCGGCUGGAGGUAAAAUUAUUCAACAGCAUAGUCCUGGCGCUCAAUUUCUUUCUUCGAAUAGCGGACAGUUUUUAGUAAAUGGUACGACGUCUUUCAGUAAUCAAUUGAGUCCAAUUGUUGCUAAUGUCAGUCCAAAUCAACAAAUGACAUUUAAUACGUCUCAAGUUCGACCCUCUAAUAUUCAAGGGCAGCAAGAGUUUAUUCAGAUGAAUGGGCAAACGUUGAUGGUUCCCUGUGGUACAGCACAAAAUAUUGCCGUAUCUUCGGCUUCAAAUCAACAGAAUACAACAUUUGUACAACAAAAUACUACAAUAGUUCAACAACAAACAACUAUGGUUUCAAACAAUCAAAUUCCUGACUUUCAAUCAGUUACUACAAACAAUGGAAAUAAUGUAGACCAGUCUUUAAACCUUGACCACAAUCAGUCCUACAUUUUAAGUGCUGGAAUGAUUCAGGGAAAGUGUCCAGCUUCGCCAAAGAGUACUAUCAGUUCUCCUUCGUCGGAACAGAGUGUAGAGCAACGACAACCGCAGUUUAAUUUGACAAGCACUAAUGGUAACAAGAAUAGUUCAGGAAUCGAUACCAAUGGACAACAGAACGACCAACAUAGUCCAUCAAUGGUUAGACAUUCUGUCUCUACACAAACAGCUGGUAAUCAAGCAAACAAUACCCAGUCGACUCUCAUGAGACAAGGAUCACCUCCGGAUACCACUACUCAUAGUCCGGGAAAUAGUCAACGAUCCAAUAGUCCUGCUGUUGAUACAACCACUCAUGGAGCUGCUUCACCGGCACCUCCUAUUACUGCGAGACAUCAUUCAUCAUCAACGCCGAUGGUUCACUGUAUAUCGAGUAGCGAACCCGAUUCCGGAGACAUUCAAACUGCGACAGAUGACUGGAGAAUUCAAGGAAUAGCUACGAAGGAAAUGACUCUAAGUCAAGCUGGUCUGCAUGGAAAAACUCUUGUGGAAUCAACAGUGACGACAGGCAUCCAGAUCUUUACGCCAGAGACGUUGAAGCAAACCGAGGGUGUGGUGAGCACAGUGAGGUGCGAAGGCAGAGAGCAUACCCUCGGUCGGGGAAUCAAGCGAAAGCUGGACUCCAUCCACUCUAUGCACUCGACUCUGCAUGAAGACCAGGAUGUAUCAGAGGAUAAGGGAGAUAAAGGAAACGAUUGGAAACUGAAAAUCGGCGAACUAGUGUGGGGUGCUGCUCUAGGGAGUCCGGCUUGGCCCGGCAAAGUUGAAUCUUUGGGACCCCCAGGCAGUUUAACCGUCUGUGUACGUUGGUAUGGGGGUGGGAAUACCCUCACUGAGGUUGAAAUCAAGAAUCUCAAGUCCCUUUCUGACGGCCUUGAAGCACAUCACCGAGCACGAAAAAGAUUUAGGAAAAGUCGUAAAUUAAAUAUGCAACUGGAGAAUGCAAUUCAAGAGGCAAUGGCAGAACUGGAUAAAAUGGAGAAUAACAGAGAAUCUCACAAAGAAAUCAGAAAACAAUUUGUACAAAGCACAAGAUCAUCAAAAAUAACUUCAUCAUCGACGAAUAGCACAAAGAAUCGUUCUAAAUCACGAAGAUCUAAAAAAUUAAAUGCUGUAGAUUCACAAAAGGUAGUUCCAAGAUGUCGGUGAUUUUAUGGGACCGAUUAAAAUAAUUUAUCAAUUAAUAAAAAUAAUUGAUAAAUGGUCAUUGAUAAUUGUUAUUAUCGUUAGUGUAGCGUUUGAUAAUUUGGAAUGAAAAAUACGUGUUGCAAUAACGAUUUUUCGUGUGAGUGUAAAUAGUUUUGAAGAAUAAUAAAAUAUGUAAAAACAAAUGUUUCUAUUGAUUAAAAUCAGUGGAAAAAUACUCAUAAGAACGAAAAAAAAAAAAUAAUGAUAAAAGAAUGGUUGAAGAUAAAAAAUAGGGUGGGGGUGUAAUGAUUUGUAUUUGUAAAUAUUUAUACAAUGGAUAUAUGUAAUAUUUUAAUGAGUUUGUAAAAUAUGAAUUAAUUAAUUGAUUAAUUAAUUAUAAAAGUAAACGACGAAUAAUUAAAAAAGAAUACCGUGAUAUAAAAAUUCCUUUUGUAUCUCAGAAUUUUGACCAAUUUUUUGUAGAAUCAUAAAAACAAUUUUUCAUUAAAAUAGGAAUUUAAAAAAUGUCGAAUUUUCCUUAAUUUGUAUCUGAAUGUGAUGUAUUGCAUUAUAUUCAUGUGAACUUUUUGAAAAAUUAUCUAGAAAGUUUUAGAACCACCAAGGCCUACGGCUUUUAAACAUUCAACACAGAAUAAGGAAAAAUGGUAUUUAAUAAAAUAAAUAAUUAAAUAAUCAAACAAUCAUAUAUUCUUAUCAAGUCUGAUGAAACGUUAGCGUGUCUCAAUGUACUCCAUAUUUUAUAAAAAUAAUGGAAAACAUAAUCAGCAGUCGUUAAUCCAUUUUAUAAACAUCAAUGUAAACAACAAUUGAUUUAUAUUUUUUCGUUUCCGUUAAACAAAGUCAAAUAUUCAUUUGCGAAGUACGAGGUGAUAUUUUUAUGAAUAUGCUAAUGAAUCAAUCACUUCUGAAUCCACGGGUAUGUUUGUUCUACGCAAACAAUCAUUUUUAGAGUCUUUAUAUAUAAAGAAAAUAUUAGACAUUAAUGUAUGUCUUCAAUUAAUUCCAAAAAAGAAAAAAAAUGAAAGAAGGACAUAAACAGAAAGAAAUGAUGUUACUUAAAUUUUCUAAGUAUUUUUCAGUAGUUUAUCGACGAUAAAAGAUAUUUUAUGAAUAAUAUAAUUGAUCAAAUAUUGUUUACAAUUCAAUCAAAUUGUUUUGUACAGGAUUAUUUUUAGAGCGAAAAUAUUUCAUCGUCGAUUUUUCGAGUCUUACCAUUUCCUUUCUUCCCACAAUAAAAUAGUAAUGAGAUUAUAAAUGACAAAAUAAUAUUUUUGCACAUUCACCACUAGAAAAAUCUAUUCACUUGGUUAAUAUAAACAAAGAAAUAAUCCUAAAUAUUUAUAAAAAAAAAUGAUUGAUUAUGAAUCAUAAAUGACUACUUAUUAAUUAUUAAUUCAUGAUUAAUUAAUAACUAAUUAUUAAUUAUUUAGAUAUUUAGAUAACAUAACUACAAUCUUUUGUAGUAGAAAUAUUUUUUUCAUUAACUCAGGUUGUUCAUUUUUAAAUACCAUAUAAUCAUAAAAUUAAUCAAACAAAUAGAAAGGAAAAAAAAUGAACAAAACUCUUUGAGACAUGGUAAAAAGGCUCGCAUAAUAUGACUGUCAAGUUUUAUCCCUUUUUUUAAGAAUAGCUUGAGAUCAUAAGUUCGUAAAUAUUUUUCUUUAUUGAAUUAUUCAAGAUUAUACUUUUUGUUUAGUAUUCAUUGGUCGUUUUAAGUUUCUUUAAAAGUACAAUGGAAAAUUUUCCAUUAAAUUUAAUGUAUUUCUUAUUGAAUUGAAAAACUUUCUCAAGCUAUUUUUAAAAAUGAAAAAUAUACUUAUUUGACUACAUUUAUAAUUGAAUUGUGAAUUAUGACAAAAUGAUACAAUGGUGCUAGUAAUAGAUUUAUUGUACACAGAGCAUAGACCUCUGUUUUUAGUGUAUAAAAUGGUAUACCGGAUCUUGGCUUAUAUCAACGUAUGACAGACAAUAAACAAUUUAUUAAUAUCAAAAAUUGAAAAAAUUUAUGUUUAAUUCAUUGAUGCAUAAUCGAUCAAUAACUUAACUAUAUGCUUUCUUCACAAAUUUUCUAAACAUAAUUUCUCUAUAAAAAUUAAAUUUAUCAAUAAAAUUAUUAGAUAAAUGGAAAACAAAUAUGAAUGUAUUCUAAAAAAUCAUUACUCAUUAUUAUCAAUGAUGUAAUAAACAAAGAAGUACUUGCCGUGAUAUUACAUGUAACGAAUCAAAAAUUUAUGACUUCAAUUGUGUAUAAUUUUAAUUGCGUGCAAAUUACAUCAAAUAACCUUGUCUUCAAAAAGUAAAAAACAAAAUGAUAAUGAAAAAUGGUAUAGAUUUGAUUCCAAUUUUAUAAUAAAUACAAAAUAACUUAAUUCAAUAUUGUGUACAUAUCGCAGAAUAGAAUUAUUUUUAUUAAAUUUUUUUGGUAUGACAUUUGGCCAACUUCUUUAAACAUAGAGAAUAUGACAAAAAAUGAAAACAGAAUCAAGUUAAAUAAAUUAUUUUAAAAAUAAUUUAAAACCAAAAUGUACAUUUUGUGAUUUAUUUUAAUUCUCUUUAAUCAUGAAAUUUCCGUUAAGACUUAUUUUACUGUAAAAAGUGUUUUUUUUUUAUUAGUAUGAGUUAUCGAGAUUAAUUAUAGUUAUUGUCAUAAAUGAUUGCGAUACAAUUUUAGUUUUCAAUGGAGCAAAGUCAACAUACUACAUUGUAUAUUAUGUUCUAGAAUAACUGUAAUUACAAGACUUUAAUUGUUCCAAUUGAUAAGGAGUGCGAAUAAAGAAAUAUGAAAUCUUCAGAAAAUCGACAUCAAAAUAAUAAAUGGUUUAUAAAAUAAUUCAUGCAUUAUUGUAACAUUUGUGUAUAUUUUUUCAUUGUAAAUAGUAGACUCAUGCGCUUCGUGAUAAGCAGCAUUAUUCAAUUACCGUCGAUGUCAAAGUUCUACUUGAAAAAAAUUGAAGUGAAGUUUAAGAUGCAACCCAUUUAUUGAUAUUUAAUGAAUAAAUAAAAAGGACAUACUUAUAAAAUAACAAAAUAAACAAAAUAUUUCGCGAGAUUGAAGAUACUGAUUUUUAAUGGUUUUAACAUUUUUAUCAAUGAUUUUAAGUGAUUUUAGUCUGAUUUGUCGUAAUGUAAUGAAUUAAUAACAAACUGUAAAAAUAAUCAAAGAUAUACUUUCAGUAUUUUUAAUAAACAUACUUCAAUCUUGACGAUAGACUGGUAAAUAAAUGAUAAAAAUUGAAUCAUUCAAAAUAAUGAUAAUAAACUUAUCAUUACACUACUUACAGUUUUUUGACUGUAUUUGAUUGAAAAUAAUGGAUCAUAUAGCAUAUAAAAUAUUUUUCCUAAUAACCAGAAUGAACUAGAGUUUUAUUUUGAGAGUACUACUUCAAUUGUUCACAAUAGGAUAUUAUUUAAAACAUAAAUAUUAAAUAUUUUUUCUGGUUCAACAAAUGGCCGGCGUCUGAAGUGAUGUGCAACACGUUUUAACUAAAAAAAAUAAUUCUUCCUUUAUAAAUGAAUAUUAUAUUAGUAGUGCAAAGAUAUUUUACAGUGGUCACGUAAUUGAAUAAUAAUAAUAUUAUUAUUAAUAAUAAUAAUAACUAUUAUAAUAAUAGUAGAAAGAAGGCAAAAAUUCAUUGGAGUAAAUAAAUAAUAAUGAUUUUAAUGAAUAUUAUUAUAAAUAUUAGAAGAAACGAAAAAACAGAUAAAACCAAUUAUACAUAUGAUAUCAAUUAUCAUUGGUGUAAUGAUAAAAGACGAUAAUUUUAUAUUUACACGUAGAAAUGAUGAAAUUAUAAUGAAUGUAUUAUACUAUUGUAACAUGAAAAUAUGAAAGAACCCCCCACCCCAUAUUAUAUAUUAGUUGAUUUAGAAAAAGCUACCUUAUUUAAUAUCAGAACUAAGGUUUAGAGCUUAAAGUAAUAAUUAAAAAAAACUAGAUUCAGUGGCACUAAUCGGUGUCAUUACUGAAAGAAGUAUGAAGCUAUGUGAUUUACUAAUUAGUAGCUUUUAGCUGUAAAGACUUAUACUUUAUUUUGUAAAUUUUGUUUAUACAGUGUUUGAUCGUUCACGCAUAAUACUAUUGUAUGUGAAAAUAAGUUAAUAAAUCAUUAACACGUGAAGUUAAGCAAUGUUUAUUAUUCAUUUUAUAAUUUAUACAUUUCAUUUCAAUAAAUUUGUUCAUAUAUUAAUUUAACUCUGAAUAUAAAAGUAUAUGUAAUAAAAUGAAAAUAAGAUCGUUAAAGUUGCUACCUUCUUGUCUGACCAAGCGCAGCUAUUUCUAUUUACCAACAUCCAUUCAGAUCACUUGAUAAGUCACAUGCUUCACAUUGAAGUGGUGCAAUUGAGCUUCUCAUUGCGACACUCAGGGGUCAAUGAAUGUUUAAAAAGUAUGUGUAUUAUCUUCAAAUGUUUUGUGAAUAGUUGUAAAAAGAGUCCAGUAAUUGUAUUAAUAAAAACGAAAAAAAGACA